AUGGACGCUACCGCUCAAUUAAAGGGAAUGUUGGGCAUCAAUGGUGCGGCAGCUGCUGCUUCUGCUGCUGCUGCAGCAGCAGCUCAACCUUCAGCUUCCAACAAUGAUGCAGUCAAGUCUGGACCAGCCAACGCUUCCAACGCUUCCAACAACAAUAACCAAAACCAAAACCAAAAGAACAAUAAGGGAAAGAAGAACAACAAGAACCGAAACAAAAAGCAACAGCAGAAUCAGAAUGCGAAUCAGAAUCAACAGCAGAAUCAACAGCAGAAUCAACAGCAGAAUCAAAACAAGGGAAAGAAUAAAAACAAAAAGCAACAAAAGGGAAACAAUCAAAAGAACAAGGAACAACGUCCAGCACCAGAUACCAACUUUGCAUGGUCAGCCUUUCAGUCCUCACCUGAUGCUUCCAAGCUUCCAAUUCCUGCGUUUUCACCGAAUCAGCCAAAACCCAUCAAGCAGAUCCCACCUGCUCGUCCUGCUCCUACUUCCUAUGCCAAUGCUGUUGGUGGUGGCAAUACUGCUACUGCUACUGAUACAGCAGCAGCAGCAGCAAAGGCUAACACUAAUACUAGCACUAGCACUAACACUGUCGCAAAGACUCCACCAAAACCACCGCAACCACCAACGCCACCACCAACGACGACGCCACUACCACCGCCACUACCACCACCAGUCAAGGAAAGCAACACGGGUGUCAAUCUAAUGGCAGCAUUGAAAUCACCAUCUCAAAUGCCGGCCCCACAGCCAAAUCCAAACCCCCCAUCCUAUCCUCCCCCUCCGCAUAAUAUGCAGCAUCAACAUCAUCAUCAACACCAGCAAAUGCCACCACCGCCACCCCCUGGAUUCAUUACGAUCCAAGUGCAAGUUCCUCCAUUUCUGCCACCCAAUCGACAAAUGCUGGUGCAGUCACCCAUGGGUGGUGGAUACCCCAUUCAAGUGCAAGUCCCCGAAGGAAUUCCUCCGGGGGCUGUCAUUCCAGUUCACGUACCUACCGUGCCCUUGCACAUGAUGCCACCACAUAUGCAACAACAACAACAACAGCAGCAACAACACAUGCAGCAGCAGCAGCAACAACAACACAUGCAACAACAAUAUAUGCAGCAACAACAAUAUAUGCAGCAAUAUCCGCCACCGCAAUCAAGGUAG